AUGCCGGCACUCAGCGCGUUGCCGUUCCUGAAGCCGGUGCAGCUGCGCUCGCCCCGCAGCCCGCCCGGGGGCCAGCGCCGGCACACGCUGCCCGCCAGCGAGUUCCGCUGCCUCGGCCCCGGGGAUGCCGCCAGCGUGUUCGAGAUCGAGCGCGAAGCCUUUAUAUCGGUUUCUGGGGACUGUCCCCUGCACCUGGAUGAGAUCCGACACUUCCUGAACCUGUGCCCGGAGCUGUCCCUCGGCUGGUUUGAGGAAGGGCGGCUCGUGGCAUUCAUCAUCGGCUCCCUCUGGGACCAGGAGAGGCUCAGCCAGGCAGCACUGACCCUGCACAAGCCGCAGGGCUCGGCCGUGCACAUCCACGUGCUGGCCGUGCACCGCACCGUGCGCCAGCAGGGCAAGGGCUCCAUCCUGAUGUGGCGCUACCUGCAGCACCUGCGCUGCCUGCCCUGCGCCCGCCGCGCCCUGCUCAUGUGCCAGCCCUUCCUCGUGCCCUUCUACCAGAAGUGCGGCUUCCAGGCGCUGGGGCCCUGCCAGGUGACCGUGGGGGACCUGGCCUUCGUGGAGAUGCAGCACGCGGUGCGGGGCCACGCCUUCAUGCGCAGGAACAGCGGCUGCUGAGGCCCUGGGGAUGGGAGGCUGCAGCCCCUCUCCAUGCCCAGAUCCAUCAUCCCCAGCUGGCCCUGGAUACAGCUGCUCCCUCUGCCACAUCUGCCUUCCAGCCACACCA